AAGAAGAUAAGCUCGUAGCCAAGCGGUUACAUAUUCGCGAGAGAGCAAAACACGGCAGAAGGAAGGCUGAAACACCGCUCUCUUCAUGUGACUCUUGGAUAAUUAUGGUUUAGCACAAGUCUCGGAUCUCGCGUGCCUUGUAGGGAAGAUGAAUAACAAUACAGACUUGAUCAAUCAAUACAAAGGGGCCUUCCCAGCAUUUGGAAGCUAUAUGGAGUGUAUGUCUCGCACUCUUCUGACUGGCCUCUCCUCCUUCUGUCUAGCAUUUGGUGGAACAUACAUUACACAGCAUCUGACAAGCAAAUAUCUGCCUUAUGGGCGCAAGAAUCACAUCAUAGUGUCCAGUCUGAUUGCUUGUGCUGUUGCAUACAAAGUCACAUCCAUAAGGGCAGAGGCUUGCCAGGCUGGGUGGAUGGCAGCUGAAGAUAAACAUACAUAUUUAAACCCUAUUUCCGAAAGAGAAAAAACAGUUGAUGAAGAGAAAGAAUAGAAAAUAAAAUGUAGAAAUAAGAUUUUCUUUUUGUUCUGAAAGAUUGUUAGAAAUAUUUCAUAAGCAAGAUGGCUCUUUUUUUUAGUUCACAUGUGGGAAAGUCUAUUCAUAGAACAUUUUAUAUGAAAUUUGCUCAGGUAUACUUAAACAGCUCCAGAUGUACAAGUAUUGUUUCAAUUAAUUUUCCCAAGAAUUGCACUGUGCAGAAUAUCAAGUUUGCAAACCACAAAGUUCAGAAUGGGGAUCAUCUAAGAAGCAAACACACAGGUAUUUGUGACAGUUACCACUUCAGAAUUGCUACGUUAAACCAUAAGAGAAGCUUCACCACUUCAAAAUCCAUGCUAAAAAAGAAGAAAAAGGCCACCAAGAGAACAACCCCUCCCCCAGAGGACACAGAUGAGGAUUUUGAGAAGAGUAUCCUCGAAGAUCCGGACUUCAAUAGACUGAGGGAAGGCGUGGACGACUUGAGCAUCAGGAAAUACCUCUCUGGGAGUGUUAGUCAGAUUGGGACUAUAGUUCUGCAGCCUUGGGUGAAGUGGGGACCAAGAAUGAAGCAGAACACUUCUGCCCAAUUGAUGCUGGAAGAGGCGGCAACGUUGGUGUCUACACUUCCAGGAGUCAAGGUUGUGGCGAAGGAAGUGGUACCAGUGAAGAGUUUGGAUGGGAAGAUGAUAUUUGGUUCUGGAACCCUCGCAAGGCUUGUCUCAGAGGCUCGUUCCAAUAGGUUGGCAGUAUCUGUGUUUAUCAGUAUUGACAUGUUGAAGAGAAGUCAGAUACAAGAACUAGAAGCAGCCUUUGGGAUGAAGGUCUGGGAUCGGUACUCUGUAGUCCUUGGUAUCUUCCAACACAAUGCUCACACAAGAGAAGCUAAGUUGCAGGUUGCCCUAGCCGAGUUGCCUUACAUCAGGAAAAGACUGCCUGGAGAGAGAGAAAGAAUGAUUAUAAUGGAGAGAGAGAAACGUAUUCGUAAUGCCCUCAACAAACUAGCUGGGAAUAGAGCAUUAAUUAGAAGAGGGCGUUCCAGGUCAAAUUUACCCACUGUUGCCAUUGUAGGGUACACCAACUCAGGUAAAACAUCCUUGAUUCGAUCCAUCACUGGAGAUGAGAGAGCUGAAGGAAAGAACAGUCUCUUUGCUACCCUGGAUGUUACAGCUCAUGGAGGCAGACUUCCUUGUGGCCUUGAAGUUGCUUUUAUUGAUACUGUAGGAUUCAUACAAGACAUCCCCACAGAAUUGGUUGCAUCUUUUAGGGCAACUUUAGAAGAUGCUGUGUGUGCUGAUGUAGUGAUCCAUGUACGAGAUGCCAGCCACCCAGAUUAUGAGCUGCAAGGCAUUACAGUAAAUGAGACACUGUCAUCGCUCCCACUCUCUGAAGACACACCUGUUAUUACUGUAGCAAACAAGGCUGAUUUAACAUUGGUGAAGCCUGAAAAUGAAUUUGGAGAACAUAUGCUGUCUGCUACCACUGGUCAAGGUAUUCCAGAAUUUUUAGAUUAUUUACAAGAAGUGGUGCUAAAGGUGACUGGGAGACGCUCAUGGCGAUUUUCCCUGCCUACAGGCUCCCCUGAAAUACAAUGGUUACGUAAUGUUGCUGGAAUAGUGAGUGAAGAGAUGGACCCAGAGAAUCUUCAGGUUACCAAGAUUGUUGCUGUUCUUACUGAUCAGGAAUUAGCUGUAUAUAAUCGCAAUUUUGGAAAGUCUUAGCUCUUAACAAAUUUAGAAUUCAUCAAUAGUGUGUUAAUGUAUAUAUAUAUCAUUGUUUCUUUUUCUGAGUUUUUUCUCUAAAGUUUAAGAGAAAAUUUACUUUUAUGGGUGACUAGAAUCCUCCAUUUUAAUACAAUGUAAAAUAAGAAAAAGUUUAUGGAUUCACAACACUUGUAUUACUAUCCAAAAAUAUUCAGUGCCCAUGUAAGAAAUUGUAAGAGGAAUAUGCUGUUUAAUCCAGUGACUGCAGAUGUCAUAGCAUAAUGCCAGAACAAUUUUAGUUUGUUAUUUGUCAUUACAUAGAGAUGGCUCCACAAGUGCUUGGUCACUUAGGAUGAGUCCUAGCUAUCUCUCCUGUUCACCCCUUUCCUUGAUUUUCAGAAAUAUUCUCUUUCAUUAUUUCACUAUUUUUUUAGUAUUUUAAUAACAUUACAAAUAGUUAUGUUAAUUAGUUUAAUAACUGCAUUGAUGUUAAUAGCAUUAGAACAAAAAAAAAUGCAAAUUCAAAAAAUGGGAAAUCAUUUGGUCAUUAGCACCUGCUAAUUGGCUCUUUAGUGGCUGAGCACUUGUGGAGCCAUCUUCGUGUCUCAAAAUUCACUAAAAAGGAUAGUGGGUUUUACAUAAGCUGUAAGCAUAUAAGUUGGUAUGCAUUCACUUCAAAAUUAGUUUUAAUAAAGUUCUUUUGAGACAUGCAUAUAA